CGUUAAUAACCGCACCUAUUACCCAAAACAUCGCUCUCAUUAGAAUUUCUGGUGGCAAAACUUAUUCGAUUAUCACCAAAAUUUUUGACCGUCCACUACCCGAAUAUCCCCAACAAAAACCACAAUUAAUUUUCGGCAAAAUUGUCAAUUCCCAACGAGAAAUUAUUGAUGAAGUAUUAUUGCUUUGUUUUUACAAACCACAUUCUUUUACAGGGGAGGAUGUGGUAGAAAUUAGUUGUCAUGGUAAUUUAUUCGUGGUCCAGCAAAUAUUACAAUUGAUUCUCGAAAAUGGGGCGGAAUUGGCCGAAAAAGGCGAAUUUACCAAACAAGCCUUUUUUAAUGGCAAACUCAAUUUAGUUCAAGCCCAAGCCAUUAAUGAUUUAAUUCGGGCCCCCAGCCUUCAAGGAGCCAA